CUUGCAUCCAAUCACUCACCCUCAAUUCCUAAUUCGUCCUUCACUUUCCUCCCUUUCUAUAUUGACACCGCUUUCACAGCUUUCUUUCUCUUCCUCCUUUCAACUUUUUUUCAUCUUUCUGCUCGUGAAUCCCAAUGGCCUCAUCUCACCAACCCAAGGACUUUGAUGUUUUCUUGAGUUUCCGAGGUGAAGAUACUCGCCGUGGUUUUGUAAGCCAUUUAUAUAAGGCUUUGGAUCAACACGGUAUUCGAACCUUCAUUGAUGAUAAUCUCCAUAGGGGAGAAAACAUUUCUGAAGAGCUUCUCCAAACCAUUGAAAACUCAAGCGCAUCAAUAGUUGUAUUUUCUAAAAAUUAUGCAUCCUCUAGUUGGUGUUUGGAUGAACUUGCUAAGAUUAUUGAGUGUACCCAAAAAGUGCUACCAGUUUUCUAUCAAGUGGAUCCAUCUGAAGUUCGUAAGCUAAAAGGGGAUUUUGGAGAAGUGCUGACUAAGCUUGAAAAAAGAAUUAAAGAUAAGACUAAGGUACAAAGGUGGAGGGAGGCUUUAACUAACGCAGCCAAUAUUUCUGGCUGGGACUACAAAGACAGUUGCACUGAAUCUGAACUUGUCGAAAAAAUUGUUGAAGACAUCUUAAAUUCUGAAUUCAUUCAGAUACCAUCAAAUGAUGCUACAGUGCAGCUGGUUGGAAUAAAUUCUCGGGUGGAAGCGGUAGCAAAACUUAUAGAUAUUGAAUCAAAUGAUGUUCGCAUGGUAGGGAUCACUGGCCUUGGUGGAAUAGGCAAAACUACAAUUGCAAAAGCUAUUUAUGAUAGCUUUUCAAAUCAUUUUAAAGCAAAAAGUUUUGUGGAGAAUGUUAGAGAGUGGUCAAAGACAGAGCAAGGCAAAAUCCAUUUACAAGAGGCACUUCUUAAGGGUAUCUCGGAGGAUAAGAAUUUGAGGGUGAGUACUAUAAAUGAAGGAACCACAAGGAUAAAUAGAAUUCUUCGCCUAAAAAGGGUUCUUAUCAUUCUUGAUGAUGUGGAUAAUGCCGACCAGAUAGAUACAUUGCUGGGACAAUGGGAAGGCUUUGCGUUUGGAAGUAGAAUCAUUCUGACAACAAGAGAUAAAAGCUUGCUAGUUCAAAAUGGUCUUUCAACCUAUGACUAUGGGGUUAAGGAAUUAGAUGAAGAUGAAGCUAUUGAACUCUUUCGUAAGCAUGCCUUCCCAAGUAACCAAGUCCCUGAAGAUUAUUUGGAACUUGAGAAACAAGCUAUAAGUUAUGCCAAAGGCCUUCCUCUAGCUCUAAAAGUAAUGGGUCGUGAUUUGUGUGGGAAAACUAUACAUGAAUGGGAUGAUGCGUUAGAUUGUUAUAAAACAAAUCCUCAUGAAGAUAUUCAAAAUAUACUAAAAAGAAGUUAUGAAGGAUUAACUGCAAACGAACAGAAUAUUUUCCUUGAUAUUGCAUGUUUCUUCAAGGGAUAUAACAUGAAUUAUAAUAUGAUUAAGGAUGUACUGAAAGCUUGUGGUUUAAACCCAGAAUAUGGUAUUCGAAGACUUAUUAAUAAGUGUCUCUUGACUACUGAUCAAGAUAAUUAUAAUUUGUCGAUGCACGACUUAUUACAACAAAUGGGUAUGGACAUUGUUCGACAAGAAGCACCACAAAAGCCUGGGGAACGUAGCAGACUAUGGUGUUAUGAGGAAGCUCUUGAUGUAUUAACUGAAGAUAUGGGUUCAAAUAAAAUUCAAAGCAUGAUAUUGUGGCCGCCUAAAUCACAACCAGUAGAGGUGCACAUAAAGGAACAAUUUUGUAAGAUGAAAAAUCUUAGAUUGCUUUUGAUUCGUAAUGUACGUUGUUGCAAUGGACCCCUUGAAUAUCUUCCCAAUGGAUUAAGCUUGCUUGAUUGGCGUGAAUAUCCAUUUUCUUCGUGGCCACCAAAUUUUUUUCCUAAAAAACUGGUUGCGCUCAACAUGCCUUCUAUCCUAUUAAAGGAACCACUCAGGCAGAAUUUUGUAUCUGUGACAUGUGUGGACUUCAGUGAGUGCUCUCUGAUUACGAAAAUACCUGACUUAUCAAUAAUCCCAAACGUAACGGACUUGAAACUUAGUUACUGUAGAAAUUUAGUUGAGAUUGAUGACUCCGUGGGGCGUCUUGAUAAGCUUAAAGUGUGGGACCUUUGCGGUUGCGAAAAACUUGAAACUCUUCCGAACUGUCUCACAAUGAAAUCUCUUACAUAUUUUAAUCUGAAAGAAUGCGAGAGGAUUAAGAAGUUUCCAAAUAUCUUGCACGAAAUGGAAGGUGUUAAAGAUUUAUAUCUUCCGGGGAAUUGUACUAAUGAAUUGCCUCCGUCAUUUGGGAAUUUGAUUGGGCUUAAGGGCUUAACUGUAGGAUCACCGGAUUCAGGAGAGGCACAUCUUCCGGAUAGCAUCUAUAAUUUACAACAUAUAGAGAUGCUUGAAUUUUUUGGUGAUGUCAUAUUUCCAAAGAAUGUGGAGAUUGAUAGACAGCCAAUGUGCAAUUCUCUUGGUUGCUCUUGCAAAUAUGUUUUUCCAAGGUUGAAACGACUACAUCUUUAUUGCUUUAACAUUUGCUCAGAAAUAGAAUUUAUUUUGAAUUAUUGUUGCCCCCUCACACUGGAAGAGUUAGAAAUCCAAUACAGCAAAGUUGUCACCCUUCCAGAAAGCAUGAGCAGAUGUCAGAGAUUACAUACGCUUAUUAUUAGAGAUUGCAAUGAGUUUCAGGAAAUCCAAAGGCUUCCACAUAGUAUAAGACGUGUAGAUGUAGCAUAUUGCCCAUCGCUGGAUUCACAAUCAUUCUUUCAGCUGGUUCCAGAAAUCAUAGGGCUUCCACCAAAUCUACCACCGUGUUCAGGUGUAACAAGCCACAUGUUAAUGUUUCCACACUCAUCUACAAUGCUUCCAAUUUGGCAAAACCCCCGUUGUGAAUAUAGUUUUGAGGUAACAGGAGAUGAGAAUGAUAUUCCAAAUUGGUUCAACCAUCAAAGGGAUGGAAAUUCAAUAUCAUUCUCGAUUGGUCCCGAAUUUCCAACAAUUGCUCUCUGCGUUGCUUUUGGAAUACAAGAUUCUUCUUUACCUUUUGAUUAUCAUGCCUUCAUUUCCAUCAAUGGUAGUGAACGAAAGUUUGAAAAAGAUAGGAUCACUAGGCAUCUGAGUUUUUGCUGUAGACCUCAGAGCUCAUUGCAGCAACUAUUUCGGGACUUCCAACUAAAUGAUCGGAAUCAUGUUGAGAUCCUCUGUGAAAUUUUCCCUCAUUCUUUAUCCAAAGAAAUUGCUCCUCCUAUUGUUACAAGGAUAGGAGUCCAUGUAGAAUGCAAUUGCCUUUCUUUGCAAUCAGGUUUGGGACUUCCAAUGGAUACAGAAAAUGGAUCAGACUUAGGUUUGGAAUUUGACUCAUCAAAUGUUGAUGGGUUUGAUUUGGGUUCAUCUUCAGUGGCCCAGUCCGUAACUCCCCAAGUUAAAAAAAGAAAAAGACCAGAAAAGUAAAGGUCUGAUUUUUUUUUUUUUUUAGUGCCCCACCGACCCCACCUAAUCUCCAUCAUCAUUUUUUCUGGCAAGAUCAACUGAAAAUCCUUAAGAACAUCUAAGCACCUUCACAUAUUUUAUUUGAGAUUAUUGUUGCAUAGAGUGAAGAGGUUCCUGAUGGAGAUGCAAUGCAGAUUUCGACGAUGAAGACCCCAAUUUGAUGAUUGUGACUGAUGGAGGGUAUUAGCAAGUUGAUCAAGAUGUUGGUUUCAUGUAAUGGUGUCUGUAAGAUUUUCUUUUCACAAGCCUAUAACAGUUUGACAGAUUUAUAUUUACUUUGAUUUAGAAUUUUUCUGAAGUUGCAAAAUUUUAAAGAACUCUAAAAAAUUUCAAAUUAAGAUCUUUUGAACGAACAUACCAUAAUAGAACUUUCCCAAUUUUCAAAGAUUUGUUUCUUAUAUACAGAAAUGACAACCCUGAUGAAAGGCAAAAUUACUAAACUCUGGACAUUGAGGACUAUGAGCUAGGACUCUCUCUCUCUCAAUACUACCUAUAGUUUUGGCUGGUCAAAAUGGACUGUAGCUUGUAUCUCCACUAUGACAUUCUCAGAUCUGAUGCUGAAAAGGAUGAUUGCAAGAGCAGCAAGAGGCAUUCUUAUUGUGUUUCAGGUGGGAAAGGAAAUUGAGAUUUCAAACUUCAUUAUAGAUGAUCCCUGCAUCAUCUUCAAUUGGACAUUUAACUGAGCUUGGUUAUCUUAGUUUACUGCUACUUUGUAGUGAGACACUUCUGCAUUAAAAAAGAAUAUGGGUUCAAGUGAAUUGGUUUGAGCGGAAGAUGAAUUGGCAGCUUUAUAGGCUGUAAGGGGAUCCGGAAAGGUGAAGAGAAUGAUCAAUCCUUUGCCAAUAAUGAGCUUAAUGAAAGAGUAUACAGGCAUUACGGGUGUCGUCAAUUAGAAUGGCUUUUCUUGGGAUGAAUUUGCAGAACAGUGGCACUAUGGCAGCUGAUGUUUAGCUUUGGGAAGCUGAUAUCAAGGAACAUUCGGAUGCAAUUGCAUACAAAUAUAGGGGAUCUCAUAUUUCUGAUUUGUGCUUGAUUUAUGGUAAGGAAAGUCAGAAUGGAAGAUCAAGUUUGGACAUGAAAAUGGAGGUCAACAAUAAUGCCCUUUGGAUGGGAUUUACGAUAACUUGGGAUAUGCAAUAUCCAGCUAGGGAGUUUGAAAUAUCUUAUAAAGGGAAAAAUGAAAGUUUGUAACUUCUUAAGCCGAUGCAUCUUCUCAAAAAUUUCAAAGAUCAUCAAGGGAGAGAUACAAGAAGCACUUGAGGAAAGGCCAUGUGUAGUCAAAACAGAAGUAGGUACUGAGAAGGACAAAGACUACAAUUGAAUAGAAUGUAUUGAUACAGCACUUCAAAUUGUUACUGAAAUAGAUGAGAAGCUCUUUUUGGAGGGUUUUUGAACUCUUAGAAGAUGAGAGAAUGGACAUGAAAUUUGCAACGAGGAUAUGGUUAUUGAGAAAGGUUUGACAGGACAUCUAUUUUGCUUGUCAAAUUGGGAUAUUAUAUAGAUUUGGUUCCGGAGUUUUAUCAAUGUAAAUAAGAUCCAAUUUUAGAGUAAAGAUAUUUUUGGAAUAGAGU